GCGCGUGGCGCGGCGCGUCGCGGUUCGACGCGAGGCCGCCGGUGUCUGUGGAGGUGCCGCAGCUUCACAAGUGGGGGCAUACUUCGGUCGCAGUUGUUCCUGGCCGGCCGCCGGCGGAGCGGCGCUCCCUCAGAACAGCGCCCCGGCCCAGGUUAUUAGCCGCCUGGAAAUUCAUGCCCGCCCAGUACGCGCCCGGCCGAAUUUACAUGGCGCGCGCGGCGGCCAGGCGCGACUGACUCCGCCCACUGAUGGACGGCCGCGCCGCACCGCGCUCCCAUUGGUCCGCCUCCUGUCACGUGACAGUCGGCCCGGCGGUGCCGGCGCCGAGCGGGUGGCGGCGGCCGCGCGUGCAUUUAUGAAGGUGAUAUAUCGCGCUGUGGUGGAGGUGCAUAAUUGCAUGAUUAUUGCGGGCGCCCGGUGGCACGAGUGAUGGCUCCGCUUCAGCUGCGCGCGUGACUGUUGCACGGCGGCCGACCAGUGCCACUCACCGCCACCUGCUGACGGCGCCGCCGGCCGGCCGCGCCCGGCGCACGCCUCGGCUUUCCCGGCCGCCGCCAGUGAGCAGUGCAGCGCGCGCCUCGGAGCCGCCGACCGCACACAGGCGUCAUGAACUCGGGCGUCUACAGCAUGUGCAACGUGGAGUCUUCGGCCGGCUACCAGCACCCGCAGGGGUAUGGCGCCGGCGAGAUGGUCUACUACCCGUCCGUGGCGCAGGAGGCGGCCGCCAACCCCUACCUGAUGGGGCCGGUGGGCGACGGCCGUGCGCCGGCCGUCUCGCACCACGACCCGGUCGGCGGCGCGGCCGGCCACCACCCCGGCGACGCGGCCACCUACACCAACCUGGACGAGUACCCCGGUCAGCCGGGCGCCUACCACCCGGCCAUGGCCGUGCACCUGCAGCCGGCGUACCGCUCCGACUUCAAGCACGACGAGUACCACGGCCACGAUGCGGCCGCGCUGCACCCGCAGGCGUACCCGUACAUCGACCCGGCCGCUUAUGGCGCGCGGACUCACAUGGGCGUGCAUGGAUACAUGGAGCAACUACGGGAACAGUGCCAGGUGAACAGUGUGUUGCAUGGCGCCGCGGCCCGCGGCCCGCAGCCGCCCGCCGCGCCCACCUACAAGUGGAUGCAGGUGAAACGGAACCACCCUAAGCCAGCAGCAAAGUCGGAGUUCAGCUAUGCCGGGGGCGCCAACAACACGGGCCGGACGAACUUCAGCACUAAACAGCUGACGGAGCUGGAGAAGGAGUUCCACUUCAACAAGUAUCUGACGCGCGCGCGGCGCAUCGAGAUCGCCACCGCGCUCACCCUCAACGAGACCCAGGUCAAGAUCUGGUUCCAGAACCGGCGCAUGAAGCAGAAGAAGCGCAUGAAGGAGGGCCUGGUGCCUUCCGAGCCGCUGACCCAGACGCCGACGGCGGCCGCCGGCUCCAAGGGCGACGGCGGCGACGACAAGACGUCGCCGCUGCAGACCAAGACCGAGUCGUCGACGCCGCCGCUGUCGCCGCAGUGACGUACGGGCGCCUAGGGCGGGCGGAUUCACGGGCCGCGCGCGGGCCUGGGGCCGGUGGGGCUCGCGACCGCGCGCCACUGGGGCCGCUGGGAACUCGCGGCCGCGCGCCAGCGCCCAGGGACGGCGAGACUCGCGGGCCGCGCGCGGGCCCGUGGCGAUAUCAAAAGUGCGUUGCGCGUGAGUGCGCGCGAGCGUGAGCGGACGUGCCAGAGGCGGAUCCAGGCAGCUUUAAGCUCGCGCGCUGAACGGCCGUAUGGUGCCGUGGCGCCGAUGGUUGGCGGGGGCAUGGGAGGCCCGCCAGCUCCGGGUACAUGAAACUCAGGGAUUUUCGCAAACGACGGAUAUCAAGCCUGGUAUUUAUUUCGUCUCGGAUGGUGCAGUGAUACGUGUGCGCGAGGAGCGAUGCAGACACCUAUUGUAAAUGAAUGUAUGUGUGUAGGCAAGAAUACCUAUUUUGUUUUACGUAUAGGAAUUUUAAUUAUUUACCGCGCUUCUCACCCAUGGUGUUUUCAAAUCUUCUUAUUCGCCUUCGAUAGUCUUAGCACUAAAUUGAUAACUUAUGUAUUUAUGGCGAUGUUUCCGUGAAAUUUUCCCGAUUUCCUCCGGCGCCUCCGGCCAUGACCAUCUGAUGCAAUAGCGCUAAGUCAACUCCAUUUUGGUAACUCUGUCUAUCGUGAUCGUGUAAGAUACUCAUCCUGCUCAGCAAAAUGGUGACGACUGGGUUCCCAUGGUAGGCUAGUCCCGUUGUUGUUUUUGAACCGUGACUUCAGUGACCAACCACUCUCUGGGUGGGACGCUGGCGGAACAGCCGCUGGCGCGCUGGAGCGCUAGCGCCGCACGAGCUGGGAUAGCUUUUACGCCGACUUCGCUCAACCGGCUCGCGCCACAAAUUGCGUCAUUGGACGAGCGCCGUGGCCGCCGGAAACGCCAGCGAGGUUGAGUCGACAGCGAACACUAUGUCGUCUCACGAAUGCCCAUUGAGCGCCGCAGCCCGUCUCCGGUGCGCCCGACCCCACUUAUCCCUGACGUGCUCUUCUGUUGUGUUUGUAAAUACGACUGUGUCUGUUGCAAUGUCAAUAUUCCUCAUGGUCACAAUACGAUGGAAAUC